AGAAGUGACGUGCCUUGCCUUUAUUUAAAGAAUUUCUCAUUCGAUCUUCUUCCUGAUGCUGCUAACCGGGAUCUAUAUCCAAGCAAUAGAAGACUGUUCUGGGGUACUACUAUAUCAGAACUAGUCGAAUCACCAAUAAGAAGGAUAAAGCGCACAUAUGCGAAAAAUCCAAAACGCCAUGGAAGGCCAGAGAGAGACACACAAAUCUCUCCAGUGCACACCAACAUCAACUUAAAAAAGGCUUCUAUUGAAAGCGGUGUCGCUGUCGGUGAUAGUAAAAAGGCUGACUCUGAAAUGUCCUAUCAUACCUACAGCUGCGGAAUAGCUAUUGAGAAAGGGAAUGGGAACUGA